CAAAUAGAGGUUGUUUUACUUCUUUCUUUAUGAUUUGGGUGGUUUUUAUUUUUCUUGUCUAAUUGCUCUGGCCAGGACUUCCAGUACUAUGUUGAAUAAAAAUGGUGAGAGUGGGCAUCCUUGCUUUGUUCCUGGUCUUAGAGGAAAGCUUUUAGCUCUUCACCAUUGAGUAUGAUGUUAGCUCUGGGCUUGUCAUAUAUGGCUUUUAUUAUGUUGUGGUACUUUCUGUCUGUACACAAUUUAUUAAGGUUUUUAUCGUGAAUGGAUGUUGAAUUUUGUGAAACAUUUCUUCUGCAUUUAUUGAGAUGAUUGUAUGAUUUUUAUUUUUUACUUUGUUAAUGUGUGUCACAUGGAUUGGUUUGGGGAGGUUGAGCCAGCCUUGCAUCCCUGGAAUAAAUCCCAACUGAUCAUUGUGCAUGAUCUUUUAUUUACUUAUUUAUUUAUUUAUUUUAUUUAUAUAUUUUUUGGUUGCAUCGGGUCUUGGUUGUGGCACACGGGAUAUUUCAUUGCGAUGCGCGGGCUUCUCUCUAGUUGUGGCAUGCAGGCUCCAGAGUGCAUGGACUCUGUAGUUGUGGCGCGUGGGCUUCAGAGCGUGUGGGCUCUGAGCGUGUGGCGCUGGGCUCAGUAGUUGUGGUGUGCGGGCUUAGUUGCCCCAUGGCACGUGGGAUCUUAGUUCCCCAACCAGGGAUCGAACCCGUGUGCCCUGCAUUGGAAGGCGGAUUCUUAACCACUGGAUCACCAGGGAAGUCUCCACGAUCUUUUAAAUUAAUUGUUGAAUUCAGUUUGCUGUUAUUUUGUUGAAAAUUUUUACAUCUACGUUCAUUAGAUAUAUUGGCCUGUAAUUUUCUUUUCUUGUUGUGUCCUUGUCUGGUUUUAGUAUCAGAGUAAUACUGGCCUUGUUGGGCUUCCCUGGUGGCACAGCGGUUAAGAAUCUGCCUGCCAAAGCAGGGGACACAGGUUUGAGCCCUGGUCCGGGAAGAUCCCACAAGCUGCAGAGCAACUCAGCUCUUGUGCCACAACUACUGAGCCUGUGCUCUAGAGCCCGCAAGCCACAACUACUAAGGCCACGUGUCACAAUUUCCGAAGCCUGUGUGCCUAGAGCCCGCGCACCGCAACGGAGAGCCGCCCCCGGCUCGCUGCAACUAGAGAAUGCCGCGCACAGCAACAAAGACCCAACAGAGCCAAAAAAAAAACAAACAAAAAACUGGUCUUGUUUUGGAGGCAUUUAGAAUUCUUUGAAAGGUUUUCUAGCCCAGAAGGCCCUCCACUGGCCAUUCUCCCCAAAGGCUGUGUAUUCGCCUGGGAGACCGGAGCCAGAGGCCUGCCUUUGGCCCAGACCUGCGCCUGUGUUUAAGGGGCAUGUCUGGGUAGGCCCCGCUCCAGGAGCUGGGAGGCUGGCGGAGUGUGGGCCUCACCUCCCCUGGGAGCUGUCUUGCAUGCCUGACUUCAUAUUUCCUGUGCUUGCCCAGGAACGGCCCGGGCCCUGGCCAUGGGGCACUGUCGCCUCUGUCACGGGAAGUUCUCCUCCCGGAGUCUCCGCAGCAUCUCUGGCAGGGCGCCUGGGGAGAGCGCAGAAAGACCGGCCCCUGGGGACCGUGUUUUUGUCCGGGACUUCCAGCGCCUCCUGGGGGUGGCCGUCCACCAGGACCCGGCUCUGUCCCAGUUUGUCUGCAAGAGCUGCCACGCCCAGUUCUACCAGUGCCACGGCCUCCUCACGUCUUUCCUGCAGAGAGUCAACGUCCCCCCCACGGGCCGCCGGAAGCCUUGUGCAAAUGGACCUGAUCGCUUCGAGCCCCCAGGGCCUGCGUGGCUUGGUGGGGUGGGUGCACGGACACGCGGCCGGCUGCGGGGCCCUGCCCAGCCUCCAGAGGACCCUGUCCUCCGAGUACUGUGGCAUCGUCCGGGCCGUGUGGGGCUGUGACCGAGGGCACGACUACACCAUGGACGCCGACUCCAGCUGCGGGGCCCUCUUGCUGGACGGCACCUUGGGCGUCAGGCGGACGUGGGACAAGGAUUUAGCCCCAGGGCUCCCCCGGCAUCGGGGGUCCAGCCCCAGCGGGGCUGCCCCAAGGAGCUCCCAGGGCAGAGCGAUCGCCGCCGGGGCCGAGACCGAGACGCUGCCCAGCACGGACACAGCCCGGCCUCCUUCAGAUGGCGACCCGGUGGGGCCUGGGCCGGGCCCCCCGCCUCAGCCAAGCCUCCCCCAAAGCGGGGCCCCAGGGCAGUUGGGUGAGAAGCAGGUUUCCUCUCCAACCUCGGAUGAUCGGGUAAAAGACGAGUUCAGUGACCUUUCUGAGGGAGACUUCCUGAGUGAAGACGAAAAUGAUAAGAAGCAGAAUACCCAGUCCUCAGACGAGUCCUUUGAGCCCUACCCAGAAAAGAAGAUCUCUGGUAAGAAGAGUGAAAGCAAAGAAGCCAAGAAGUCAGAAGAACCAAAAAUUCGAAAGAAACCUGGGCCCAAGCCGGGCUGGAAGGGCAAGCCGCGCUGUGAGAGGGAGGAGCUGCCCACCAUCUACAAGUGUCCUCACCAGGGCUGCACGGCCGUGUACCGUGGGGCUGACGGCAUGAAGAAGCACGUCAAGGAGCACCACGAGGAGGUCCGGGAGAGGCCCUGCCCGCACCCCGGCUGCAACAAGGUGUUCAUGAUCGACCGCUACCUGCAGCGCCACGUCAAGCUCAUCCACACAGAGGUGCGGAACUAUAUCUGUGACGAGUGUGGGCAGACCUUCAAGCAGCGGAAGCACCUCCUGGUCCACCAGAUGCGCCACUCAGGAGCCAAGCCCCUGCAGUGCGAAGUCUGCGGGUUCCAGUGCCGGCAGCGGGCAUCCCUGAAGUACCACAUGACCAAGCACAAGGCCGAGACGGAGCUGGACUUUGCCUGCGACCAGUGUGGCCGGCGGUUCGAGAAGGCUCACAACCUCAACGUGCACAUGUCCAUGGUGCACCCCCUGACGCAGACCCCGGACAAGGCCCCGGAGCCCCCGCCUGGGCCCGCAGCGGGGCAGGCCGUGAAGGCUGAGCCUACCUGAGGGCACGCCCGCCCCCGAGCUCAGUGGGCAGUGAUGGGGGUUCAGGCCUGACGGCACAGCUCUGCACCCCGACGAGCCUCCACCCCGUGUGCUGGGUGGCAGGGGCUCAGCACACAGCUCACGGGGCCUUGUGGCUUCUGCUCUGGGACCGGCAGUUUCUUCUAUAAACAGAGUGACUUGGGGCCAGAGGCAGACUUCAAAGAAAUGAUUCCUCUUCCCCACUAAUGCAGUCGAGGUUUUGUAACCCACUUUUCAGGGCAACGGAGAGCUCCACGUUAACGCUUGUAAUAAAUUAUUUACCGAGGAGUUGGGCUAUGCCCUGCACAGAUCCUGUCAGAAGAGUCGGGGCUCCUGGUAGAGGUCAGGGUCCAGCAUGGCCUGCUGCCUGCUGAGGAGGGCGGCACGCACUUCCGGGUCACAGUCCGCACUCGCACCCAGCAGCUGCAAGAAAGCCCGUGUGCUGGGCCCGUGCUGCUGCCCAUGGCCCCCAAACACCCAGGGCCCGGGGAGAUGCCAAGUGCUGGACGCUGCAUGUUCGUUUUCCCGAAGGCGUUCGGCACCCUCACAGUGAACAGUGACGGGGACUUAAGGACAGACAGCGAGGCGGGCAUCUGGGCAUUACCUCUGCCACGCCUGAGAAGCUCCUUUUCGGGCACCGAGGUAUCGACUGCAGCAGAAAAAGACGAGCGUUUGUAAUCAGGCUUACGGGGUCGCCCUGCAGAGGAGACAGAGCCGCGGUCAGGGUGCCCACAGCUGCACGCUGCGCCAGGAGGGGCUGCACAGGCCCCCGAGAGCUGGCCGCCCGGGUCCGUCUGGAGACAGGCCUGGCCCUGCACCUGCCUGGGCCUGGAGGUCCCCACUGUGGGCCAGAGUCCAAACCGCACCAGUCUCCCCAGCCACGAAGAGGCCCACGAGCUUCAGGUACAUGUUAACAGCAACGUGCAGGAAGGCGUCUUCCUGGAGGAGGGCGUCCUCGUCAAAGUAGGACAGGAGGCUGAAAGCAGAGACGGAUGUCAGGUGACCCGGCCCUCACUGACCUCACUGAGGCCGGUGCAGGCAGCAGAGGAGCAGCCUUUCCCAUCUCAAGGGAGCCCCGCCGCCCCUCCCCUGACCAGCAGGCCCCGGGGGUUACCUGUAGAAGGCGACCGGCAGCAGCCUGACCUGGUGGUCGGGGGCCAGGCGGAGGAGGGUGCGCCCCAGGCCGGCAUCUGCAACACAGAGGGGCUCCGUCAGCAACGCAGGCGCCUCCCUGCAGGGUCAGGGUCUUCACGGGCGUCGUGUGCCUGGUGACGCAGGGGUGAUGUCCUCAUGCUGCAGAGUAGAGCUUGGGGGCCGGGGUCCCUGGGAUCCUCGAUACUCCACUAAAUUAUUUUGCUUAAAUGAGUCUGCAUACUUACCAAGAACAGAAACUUGCAAAAAUGAGUUUUCAAAGUGAGCCCCAAGGAGAGGCUCAUGUUUAACCAUCUGAAAGUUGCUUCUGAAGAGAAGGACUAAAGAACGGGGCCGCAGUCUGACCCUGCCGCCCCCUGUGCUCCCGGCAGAGGGCUGGGAACCAGGACAGACACAGGUCGGCCAGUCGGUCUCCGGAUUUCUCACCCGUCUCCGUCAACUGAAAGAGCGGCAGCCAGGAAAUCCUCUUCCUCUGCAGACACCCCAGGACCUCGGCACAGACGUCCAGAGGCUUCAGGGAGCCAGCGGCCUGUUACCCACAGGAGGAGGAGGAGGAGGAGGACCCUAAGCUGACAAGUGCGCAAGGAAGAGGUGUCCACCUGGGGCCUCUGGACAUAAGACACCAAGAGGCAGGCCAACGGCCUGGGGUUUUCUCUCCUGAGAAAGCCUUCGACACAAGGGUCCCAGGUGCACCCACCCCCACCCCCACCAUGAGACCCUAACUCAGGAGGUCUCGGGGGAGACGGGGAGACCCAUGGUUUCAAGUGCCCUGGGGGGUCGUACCAGCUGCUCGCUGCCCUGCCCACGGCGGCAGAGGGUCUGACCUACCUGUGGGGUCAGAUGUGAAGAGAGCAGGCCCAUCAAGGAAAAAAAAAACAGGAAAACCAACAGCUGCAAAUAAAAACAGGUCCACUGACAACAUAAAACUACCUGUGCUCCGUUCCCUUAAAGUAAUUCUAAAUGGGGAAAGAACACAUUCCUCGUUAACUGAACAAUUUACAGGCCUAGGUUAUAAAUCUCUCUUAAGUGGAUCUCCAGAGAAAGAAAAUUUUCCAGUCACUCUUAAAGAGAAAAUGUAAUGGGUUAUAAACUAUUACUGCUUGGGGACCUGUCUCUGCUGGUCCCCCAGGCCAGAGCGUGAGGAGCUGACAGUGGCCUGGAGGCUCUGGGGCCGCUAAAAUCCUUCCAGCAAAAACCACCUGAAAACUCAAAAUAGACUCUCCCUGGUAGCUUCUUCCUUUAAAUUAUAAUCACCCAAAACUCAGCUCAGCAACUGUUCUCAGGCAGGUGGGUACGGCCUGAGCUACUGCGGGACCCUGGCUUUCACAACCAGGGGUUCAGCUGGGGGAGACACAGGGGAGCACGCCACAGCUCUGGGUAGGGGGCCCUGGGGGGUCCCACAGCUCCCAGUGGGGCCACCAGCCUGCCAUCCGAGCAGCCCUCUGUCCACCCUUGGUCUUUGCCAGCAGCUAACUGGGGUGCGGGUGCCUGGAGGCUAUGAGAAGGAAGGUCCCGCUGGACAGCUGACAGCCAGCCCUGACCCCCCACCCCGGGGGUUGCGUUGAUAAACAGGCCGAAUAAAAGCACUUGAGAAUGAAAUGUAAAGUACCCUUUUUAUCAACAAACCUGAGAACCUAAGUCUUACUAAACCUACAAACCCAGUAAGUUUUUGCUUCCAAAUAAAGUUACAAGCACCCCAAA